GGGUUCACUUCUGUACUGCUUUCCUAACAGUUAACACACCAAGUUUUCUAAAACAACUUUUGUAAAAUAUUACAAAUUUUUAGGUGCUCAUUCUCACGUUAACAAAAACUGAAAUUUCACGUAGUUUUGCGCUAUUUUACUCAAGCAAGAUGCUACUCGUACAAGUUUUUACAAGUUCAGCAAAUAACCAGAAUAUUAAACCCACACUUUUUGAAAUUUCUGAAUAUGCCAAAAUAUUGGAACUUAAACAAAAACUGGAACCAAUAACAGCCAUACCCCUCUACCAGAUUAAAAUCUUUACAUCCGAUAAGAGCGUUACAGACAAGGAGGUGAUCUCAGACAUUUUGCGUGAGAUGUCGUUGAAGGAUCCGAGAGCAGAUGCGGCAUUCAAUGUGUUUGACAACAAGACUUUCGUAGGUUUCGUGCGGUUCCAUCGCCAGGUGCUCCAGAAUGGCAAAGCUGUGGAUUCGCUGUACUACGUGACUCCGGAUUCGCGCUCCUCCAGCAGCAGCGCCGUCUCUGGGUUGCCCAAAAAGAGGGCUUUAGAGCUAGAAAACCCAGCUGCCGGUGACAGCACAAUGCCUGUGUUUUCGCAAACGGAUCGACUUGGGACCGAUGAAGGCGAUGGCUUCAAAUGCGAAUCGUCCUCCAGCAUGGAGGAGGAGCAACCCUCGUGCAGCACGGGCAUGGCCGCCCCGCAGUGCAUCGACAGGACCAAGGACUGUUGCCAGCAGCAGAACUGCGGCAAGCCAGACAACCGUCCACCCUACGCGCGGACCAUGCCCGAGAACCGCCGCUACGGCUUGGUCGUCAGCAAUCUCGACUCCUGCGAGGAAGUCGAUUCGGAGGCCUUGAUGUCCCAUAUUUUCGAACUAUUCGAAUCGUGCAGCAUAAAAGCCCUUCACUUUAGUGAUUGCAUUUCGAUGGCGAAGUUCUGCUCGAACCUGCUGAUCGUUUGUGUGGACGACGAGACUGCAGAAUGGGUUGUAAACGCGGUGGACACCUUGUGUCCGCCCCACUCGUGCAUGCCGUUUAUUAAGUUCUUUGACCUCAUGCGCUGCACCUUUGUACUGCCCCUAGUCCGUCCCGGGGAGCCACUUUGCAGCAUUUUCUCGCUAAUGGAGAAGCAAAAUCCCGAUUUGGUCACGGACAAAUGGAGCGUAGUGAACCGCACACCUCUCGACCCCUGUGAUGAUAAUGGAGAUCUCGUUACCGACCUGUGUCCCAACGAGUUGAUCGAGCUUUUUAUUGACGAGGACAGCAAAGACCUGAUCACCCAGCAGUGCUCGAAGAUUGUCUACUUCUGCUGGCACCUGAAGGUCAACUUCGAGUGCUAGCACUUCGCCCGAAUCGGAUGCACCAGAGGCAAUGUAUGUAAGCGGUAAUUCGUGACGGCGCACGAACGGUAACACUCGCCCAGCGCCAGCGAAGAAAACCACCACCACGACCCGAGGAUUAACAUCGACGGACAGGAGCCUGCCCCGCGGCAGCAAACGCAACAGCAACAAGCAUCUCUAGCA